AGUACCGUGAACAUAACUACUGAUUACAGAAGAGAAGAGAAGAGAAGAGAAGAGAAAGGUCGAUUCGAUUCGAUUCGAUUGAAUUGAGAUGGCGGCCACAUCACUGCGUGUGCCGUGGAAACCUCUGCAUCUUCCACCCAAACCCAAUAUAUUAUUACAGCGUCAAAGUCAAAGUCAAAGCCAAAGCCAAAGUCGGCGUCACCGAAUGGUAGGAGGAGCUGUUAGAGUUAAAUGCUUUGGCGGUAUGAAUGGGAGAGAUAUGGAUAGGGUUUUGAAGGAUGCGUGGAGAACUGCCAACGAUGGUUUCGAACUCUUCCUCUUUGAAGCCAAGAAGACUGCCGAGCGCAUUGACCGCCGUUAUUCCGUCUCGCACCGUCUUAACUCCGUUGCCAGUUCCGCCGUUCACCGAGCACGCGAGAUUGAUCGUGACUUUGAGAUUGGACUCCGUUGGCGUGCUUUCACCAUCGAUUUUUCUAGAAACUGGCCCAACUACAGGAUGCAGCUCAAUAAGCUUGUCGAUAGUCCACUCGGAAGGAGCUUUGCAACAAUUUUCUUCAUCUGGUUCGCAUUAUCUGGUUGGCUUUUUCGGUUCCUGAUAAUUGCAACAUGGGUGCUUCCAUUUGCUGGACCUCUUCUCAUCGGGACAUUGGCCAACAGCUUAGUUAUUAAGGGCACUUGUCCGGCUUGUAAGAUGCAAUUUGCUGGUUACAAGAACCAAAUGAUUCGAUGUACGAGCUGUGGCAACAUUGUGUGGCAACCUAAAGGGGAUUCCUCUUCAAGAGAUGGUAGAAGAACCUCCGCAUCGAAGUCAGACCCUGAUAUUAUUGAUGUUGACUUUGAGGAGAGAUGAAGACGUGUGCCAGAUAGCGGCUAUCAUUCUGGAUUUGACUUUGCAAACAGAUCAAUAGACAAUGCAUGUGUGUUGAAAUUUGUUAUGUUUUUGGUUCUUUAUAAUUGAAAUUUGUUCUUACGUAUGUGUUGUACAGUUGUAUGCACAUGUACAUCUUUCUUCGUAGUAUGAUACCAGAGAUAGGAGAGGAAAGAAAAAGAAACAGGAAGCAAAACGAAAAAAGUAAAAGAAACAGACUGUUCGAGCGCAAACAGUUUCUGGAACAAUUCAAGUUAUGAAUGCAAGAACUUUGUAAGGAACAUAGUACCAAUUUUGUAUCAGAUUGUAUGAGUUACGAAGCAUACCGUCAUCGUAAAUAAAGCAUACUGUCAUGAAAUGGACUUAGGAAUAUGCCCCUAGAAUGGACCGAGGGGAACGCCUCCUGCUUGGUGAGGAAUUUAAAUAUUCAAAGGCCAUGUAUAACUUAUUCCAAAGAAUUCAUAUUUUUACAAUUGCUGUAGUUUAGGAUCUUCAUCAUGUUUUCAAUUUUGUGGGUUUCUCUCGCUUUCUUCACAUUUCCUUGAAGAAAUUAUCGGCAAGGAAAAGGUAUUUUUAUUCGGAUGUAAGUAUUUAAA